UAUCGGAAUAUUUCCUGACGAGCUGAAGAAAAGGCAAAGAUGAGUCUCAACGCAACGGACAAGUCCGUGGUGGCCGGCUUCUGGAAGAAAAUGGCCCCGAAGGCCUCUGAGAUGGGAGGCGAUUCUCUGGCCAGGAUGCUGGCCGCCUACCCCCAGACUAAGAUUUACUUCACCCAUUUCACCGAUCUCGGUCCUAACUCCGCGCAAGUGAAGAAGCACGGUGCCAACAUGAUGAACGCUGUCGGAGACGCCGUGUCAAAGAUCGACGACCUUGUCGGAGGCCUGGCCGAGCUGGGAGAGCUGCACGCUCUGAAGCUGAGGCUGGACCCUGCCAACCACAGGACCCUCUUCCACAACAUGAUGCUGGUGAUGGCCGUCUACUUCCCCAAUGACUUCACUCCAGAGGUGCACGUCUCCAUGGACAAGUUCCUGCAGCAGAUCGCUCUGGCUAUGUCUGAGAAAUACCGAUAA